AUGAAGUUUCUCUGCUUGCACGGUGCCAUUGGCAAUGUCGAAAACAUCAGUAUCCAGCUUGCUCCCCUUCAGAAGGACCUGGGACAAGAUCAGUCUGCGUCCUUCCACUACAUCAACGCCCCCGUCAAGAUCACACCACCAGCAGGAUUCGAGGAGUACUUUGGUAUCGGUCCUCACUAUCGCUGGGCAGAUGAUGGCGGUGCCGCCGAAGAUUCUUUGAUCAGUCGCGUUCGCCAAAUCCCCGUGGGACAAAAUCCAGAGGAUGUGAUGCGCGACCUGGUGGGCGAUCGCCAAGUUAUCUGGCUCAACUACAAGAAUGUCAUGGACUAUCUCUACCAAACCCUGGAGGAGCACCCAGACAUUGGAGGUAUUAUCGGCUACAGCGAGGGUGCCUCUAUGGCCGCUACUUUCAUCUUGGAUGAGCAACGGCGAUUCGAGGAGGAAGGCCGUGAGCGCCGCAUUAAGUGCGCCAUGUUCUUUACUGGUUGGCCACCCAUGUCGCCGGAAAGGGGGGUUCUCCUGGCGGACGAGGUCGAAGAUCUGGUUGACGUCCCCACCCUCCAUAUUGUUGGCGCGAACGAUCCCUUCCGCCAUGGUGCAUAUGCACUCUACAAUGUUUGCGACCCGGAUACAGCCACCUUCUUCGAUACGGGGAAGGGCCACACUAUCCCCCGCUCAGGGUUGGUGAUUAACGAAUUGGCCAAUGCGGUUCGUGAUCUUGUUGAGAAGACUCAAGAAGAGGAGUGA